CUGUUCGUUCGGCUACGCCAAAUUAAAGUCGUGUCCAGUCUGUUGAGGAAAGAACAACAGAAGGAGCAAAAAUGGCGGACAAUGUUCCCGAAAGUAGUGGUUCGUUGAAACGAAAACUUGAGGAAGGUGAGACUCAGAAAACAAAAGAUGAAGACAUGGCCUCGCCACCAGCUAAAAUUCGAGCUACAGAUGAUAAAACAAGCGAAGCAGGUCCCGCCAAACCAAAUGCUCCUGAUGUGGAACAGAGCGCUGGAUCAUCAAAUCAAACCAGUGGGGAUAGUAACGGUGAAACGUACGGAGAAAGAGAGAAAAUGCAAUUGCUUGUGUCUUCUUUCUCAGAGGAGCAACUGAACCGCUAUGAAAUGUACAGAAGGGCAGCUUUUCCCAAGGCAGCCAUUAAACGGCUAAUGCAGAGUGUAACAGGAGGGUCAUCAAUUCCUCCAAAUGUUGUCAUAGCCAUGGCAGGAAUAGCCAAGGUCUUUGUGGGAGAAGUUGUAGAGGAAGCUUGUGAUACUAUGGAGCAAUGUAAAGAGAAGGGGCCCAUACAGCCAAAACAUCUGAGAGAAGCUGUCAGAAGGCUAAAACGAAAGGGUCUUGUUCCAAAUACAAGAUAUCAGAAACGGCUAUUUCACAGAUGAACUUUAGUACAACUCUGGAUCAGGAGCGUUAAAAACCAACAGCCAGGGAAUGCGAGAAGUUCUUCACGUGUGAAACUCUGUACUGGAACAGUUGUACAGACUGAAAUAAGUCUGAGUGGUCAACGAACUUAACUUGGAUUAGUCAGCUGGAAGAAUUGGAGAGUUAAUCAAUGACAACCAUGAAAACAAACGUUUAAAAAACGGUGGUUAUGUUGUAAAGCAGGAGGCAACAAGAUUCGAGGACUGGGAUACCAGAAUCCCCGUAGCCAUGUCUAAGGACUUGUAUUUAGUCGUCAUUAUCAGCUUGUAAAAAAAGUUGUUUGGUAACCGAAUGAAAAUAUAAAACAUUAAAAGUUAGUGAUAGGAAAAAAAUGAAUAAUCAUAUGCUCGAGUUAAUUUACUCGUGGUGAAGCUCAGUAGAGCCAGUGAAUUACAAGCCACAUCAGCCUUGGCUGGGUUUCAUGCGGCUGCUCUAUCCUGGUCAAAUUGGAAUUUGGAGAUGUUGACUUUUGUGGAGGGACGAAAACCGGAGAGCCCGGAGAAAAACCGGCCUUCAAGCAAGGCGAGAACCAACAACAAACUCAACCCGCAUAUGGCACCGGGCCGGAAUCGAACCCGAUCACAUUGGUGGGAGCCAGCGCUUUAACCACUGCGCCAACCCUGCUCCUUCACGGGUCCUUCACGGGUCCUUCACGCUUAGGAAUAUUCGUUAGUAGUAGAGGAUAAGUGAAUGUAGUGAAGUUUGGUUUCAUAGAACUUUAAUCGCCUAUAGCUGGUUUUGAUUUGUUUAGUAAUAAAGACGUCUUAAGAGCUU